AUGCAGAUUCCCAACUUUGCGCAGCUUGCUCUCGCAGGCCUGCUUGCCUCGUCGGCCGCAGCCUUCCAGGCGCCCCACGGCCCGACCGCAGUGGCCUGCCGCUUUGCUGGUGCACUUGCUGUGCUCGCCGCCCCUGUCAUGGCUGGCCCUAUCCCCGCUGUGACGGAAUCGCUUGCUGUUCGUGAUGAGGUUGAGGAUAAGGGUGAAGAUGAGAAGAAGGGGCCUCCGAAGCAUCCAGGCAAGAAGCCCGGCAAAGGCAAGGGCAAGGGCAAGGGCAAGGGCAAAGGCAAGGACAAGGGUAAGGGCAAGGGCAAGGGCAAGGGCAAACCGCCCAAGAAACCUACUCCGAAGCCCCCGCACCCAAAGCCUGAGCCAGGAAAAGAUGACGACAAGACCGAGCCGACUCCUGAUCCCGUCUUCACUAUCGGCCGCCUUGUUUGA